AGACAACUUAAAGUUAACCUUGUUCAUAGCAAUUCAAGGUAGAAGACGAUAUCCGCUCUGUGUAGCAGAACAGAAGAAAAGGUAAUUCUGAAUGUCUGGAAGAAACCGGAUUCACCGAGACAGUUAUCAUGAUCGGCGUGAAUUACCUCCGGAGAGACCUUUUCUCCGAGGCCCUCCAUUGUUACAACCUCCACCACCAUCUUUGUUAGAAGAUCUUCAGAUUCAGGAUGCUGAAAUUAGAAGGCUUUUGAAUGAUAAUCAUAGACUAGCUGACGACCGAAUGGUUCUGGAGCGAGAACUCGUUGCUGCUAAAGAAGAGCUUCACCGUAUGAAUCUGAUGAUUUCUGAUCUUCGUGCUGAGCAAGAUCUGCAGUCCAUGGAGUUUAGUGAGAAAAGGCAUAAACUUGAGGGGGAUGUUCGCGCUAUGGAGUCGUAUAAGAAGGAGGCGUCGCAGUUGCGUGGUGAAGUUCAGAAGCUGAAUGAGAUUAAACGUGAAUUAAGUGGAAAUGUUCAGAUGCUUAGGAAAGAUUUGGCUAAAUUGCAAUCAGAUAACAAGCAGAUUCCGGGUAUGAGAGCUGAGGUUAAAGACCUGCAGAAGGAGCUUAUGCAUGCUAGAGAUGCAAUUGACUAUGAGAAGAAGGAAAAGUUUGAGCUUAUGGAGCAGCGGCAGACAAUGGAAAAGAACAUGGUUUCUAUGGCCCGUGAAGUUGAAAAGCUACGAGCAGAACUUGCUACUGUUGAUAGUAGGCCUUGGGGUUUUGGUGGAUCGUAUGGGAUGAAUUUCAACAAUAUGGAUGGCACUUUCCGUGGUUCUUAUGGUGAAAACGAUAGUUAUUUGGGAUCUUCGGAAAGGAGUCAAUAUUACAGCCAUGGGUCUGGCUCGCAGAAGAAACCUCGUUUGGAUCGUCAUUGAAAUCUAUUAAUGAUUUGUGGAAAAAGAAUGAGGUGACGUCUAAAUAGCCCACUUCUCAAAAUCCUCUGGUUGUUUGUGGGUAUGCAUCUACUCUAAAUCUAAAUGUUAGUUCUUCUGCUUUCUCAAUAAAGCGUAAUAGUUGUGUAACUUAGAUGGCUUUUUAUUCUUUUCUUUUUUAGCCAAACCUAGAUGGCUGAUCUAUUUCCUUCUUAUUUCAAUAAUUUGACGAUUUGGUUCUUCUUGCUUGCUAUUAGUUGUGUUCUAUUAUCCUUCUUAUUCUUAUGCUCGUAUUUGUUACACCCUGGUUUUGAUUAUUUGUAAAAGAUAAUCCCUCGGAUAGAUACCCCAGAGGACUCUAAGUGCCAGUAAGUUUGAGAAAUCAUACUGGCACUAAUAAGAGGAAAGGAUACUCUCCUUUUGCUUCCAUCCCAGACUCCUUCCUUCUCAUUAUUUGAAUUUAUAAAGAUCUGCCGAGCCAACACCUUUUAAAGGGGUUAUAGGCUUUAGAAACUUGGUCUAAAAGAGAUUUGAGCGAAAGUUGUUUACUGUGGCCAUAUUUUGGAGGAACUCUCAAGCUGCAAUUGCUUGUUGCUAGAAGCAAAAAGAGGUAGCAGUACCACAGACCACUGUUUUUGUGUAGCAGUGUUAUGUUUGUUUCGGCUAUAUUUAAAGGCUAUAGGAGAAGCUCAAUUAAGAAGAAGUGGAAACACUGGAAUGACUUCCAUUUCUGGAUUGUGUCAGGAGGCAGCGUUUUUUCAUUGAAUUUUCUCGAGCUUGCUUAUUCAAGUUCAGGUUUGUAGUGUCAAUGCUGAUUCAAUUGGUAAAGGGAAUGAGGCACAAUACACUAUUGGAGGAACAGAGACAUAUUGAUCCUCUAUGGCCAUCUGACCAUAGUGAGUAGCUUCUCAGAACUCAUUUUGGGAUUCACCAGUGACGCCCUGCUGGGAUCUGGCUAACAGACUUCCAUCGGCAGCAGCUAAGAAAAGGCUUUGAGGGUCAUAUGGAUUAAUAUGAGCGGGAUAUUUCAUUUCAAAAAACCUUCAACAGGGAUUAUUUGAGCAGUGUUUGAGUGAUCAGCAUCUUAGCUGUGACUGCAAUAGGACUGAAUCUAGGUGCUGUGAGUGAUUUUGGACUUGGUCAGGGUCUGGAGUUUCAUGACCGUUACUCCUCACGUGCAAUCAUCUAAUGGAUUCGAAGAAUUUACUCCUUGUUUCCACCAUCAAACUCAUCUUGUGCCAUUAGGCGAACCACUAAUUUUCACGGUUGGAACCCAUGGAUGGACGCUGGUCAGGAGCUGAUGCAUAGCUAGCAGUAGCAGGUGAAUGGGCUGAAUCUCUAUUCCACAGAUUGAAUAUCGAUCCUAAAGAACAUAAAAUGAGGUCAGAAGUUAGAAGGCCGGGUGAAGAUUCCAACUCAUUGAGGACAGAUGGAUCAAUAGAAGACAAAUCAAAGCGACUUUUCAUGGAGUUACUUCAUCAAAACACAUAGUAAUCAGUCUACAGAGUAAUCUGAAUGUCUCAACAGCUUUUGAGACUUCUGCAUUCUCUGAUAGACGGGCCAACAGGUUGCCGCGAGCUGGGAAUUAUCUGCGAAGAUCUGAGCUGGGAUCAUUGAACCAUAAUAAUUCCUUGCUUUCUGCAAAUAUUGAAGGUGGGCAGACAGCUUAUAACUAUUCUAUUAGAACAUCGUUGAUGGAGUGCGCAGAAUUGCUCGAUACUAGUUUGAAACGUCUAGAGUAGAUACUCUGAUGCAGAAUUUUAUAUCUUAGUUUUGGAGCUUUCACGAUGAGCAGAAGAGAAACUCUUCGUUCAGGUGCAGUUUAGCAAAUAAGAUAGGAUUUUACGGUGGUGCAUCCUUGAUAUGUCUUGUUUGAGGUCCUAGGAGUUGCUUGGAGAGAUGAACAGUAUGUCUCUGAAGGGGCACAAGCUGCAUUCGUAAGUGGAAUUUGUCAGCAAGGAAGCAUUUAGCAGCAACUUUCUUAAGAAGAAAUCUAUAGUUUCAGAGUACCUUCUCUGUCUCCUUUGAGUUAGUUUGCCUCCAGAGAAAGGAAUUUUUCCAUACAUGAAGAGAUUGCCAAUGUUCUUGUUGACUAUGUUGAUACUACAUCCAUUUUUCGGGUAUGCACUUUCUAAAGGAUGUUGAUGUGCCUUACGGAAAACGAUCUUUCUACCGAGUCUGGAGACAGGCGACAAAGCUUGAAAAAACCAUUCAUCUACAAGUUGGAACCGACAGAGGGACACGAAUGGUUAUAAUUAUAACAAAAACCAGUGGUUAGAACAGGAGGAAACAUCUUGGACCUUUUUCCUUUGACCAAGGUCUUGGUAUCAGGAAAGAAACCGUCGCCGACUUCCUCAACUGCACCAUCUCUUGUCACACUAAUCGGAUAGGCGACUAAAUGGAUACCGAGCAUGUCCACGACCUUGUCUCCGCUGUAAAUCUCCCACAUUUGCUCUCCUAUUGUCCGUAACCCUCGGACACAUUCAAGACUCUCUGGCUCUGACGAUGAUAAGUCAUCUGCCGUGAUCUGGCCACCGGUAUGCUCAUACCAGAGCGAUAACCGGUAAGCUCGGAUUUCCUUGGUGUUGUUUGUAUUGGUUUGGUAGCAACCUAUUGCAAUCUCGGUGUCCCGACAACCAUCCAUUGAUCUCUGGUUUAUAUUGGCCGAUCCUAUCAAAAUAUUGUGAAUUGCGGAUUGUUUGUUACCUAUCAUGAGCUUGGAGUGGACAUAGACCAUGAAUCUCCGAUUCCUCUGCGCAUUCCAAUAAUGCGUUUUCUGAUGGGGCGACGAAACUGCUUCAAACUCUCCGUCUCUCUUCUCUUCUCUGUUUGCAAGACAGAAGAAGUUUAGGUAAUCCCUAGGAUGCGACUUGUCUCCAACUUCCCAUAUCGCCUCUCCAAUGAUCUGAUACAUCAUUGACAUCGUCUCUCUCGUCCAAUGAAGUAUCUCUUCAACCGUUUCACUCUCUGGUGGCCCUUCCGGCCACAUCGGUAUCACUAUAUACACUGCAAAUCUCUCCCUUGUGCGUAUCUUAGCAGCAAUCUUUAACGCUAUUUCGACAGGUAUCAAGUUUGUGCAUCCGCUGCAGAUUCUAUAUAUCAAAAAACGAAAUACUAAAUCAGAUCAGAAUCUCGCAAUGGAUAUUUAAUAGUUUCGAUUAAAAAAAAUCCGUACUUAUC